CUAUUCGAUCAAUACACAGAAGUUGUUUUUAAAUUGAAAAUUAAAAUGGAAGCCAAUUCCUGAUGAUCAGCUGAUUCCAAAGACAAUCAUAAUGGCGGACCCGGUAAUACAAACAGCAGAACAACAAAUCACAUGCACAAUUUGCUUCGACAUUUUUCACGAACCGAAAUCUUUGCCAUGCCUACACACGUUUUGCAAGAAAUGUAUCGGUGAUCAUAUUCUUCACCACUCUGAGUUUGCGCGGAGGAUGGGAUAUCAUUGUCCAGUUUGCAGAGGAUUUGUACUCGCUCCAACAGGGAAGGAAUUUUCUCCACAUCUAUGGGUUGAAAGUUUACCAAAUAAUCACAACAUUGUAUCAAUGAUUUCUGCAUAUACUACACCGAGGCCUUAUUACCUAAACCCAUGCGCCGUCCAUCCGAACAAAGAACUUGAAUUUUACUGCGUUGAUCAUGAACUUUACAUAUGCUCGUUAUGCUCGUUGCAGCACCGGAAAUGUGACGAAGUUCUAUCACGUGAAGAAGCGGAAGAUCUUCCACGCAAAGUAACUCCUUCAACAGAUAGCACCGAGGAGCGUUAUAUAUCCUUCUUAUUUGAUCAGUGCAACGACAUAGAACAUCUAAUGGACAGUAGAAAGGGAAUUUUAAGCCGAAUUGACCAAUCGGAGGAGGAAAUUAAGAGUCGAAUAACUACAACAAGUCGCAAGGCAACCGAUCUCAUAAAAUCACAAGAAGAAAAAGUUAUCAGCCAGCUUUCGAAACUUAAAUCAAAGGAGGUGCACAAAAUUGAAUCUGAUAUUCGCAAAUGCCAAAAAGCCAAUGAAAAAUGUAAAAGAUCACUUCAAAGUCUGCAGGAAGCGAGAGAUAAAGAAGACGCGGAAGAUAUGACAAAUACUUUGGAAAACGUGAAAAAAGAAUACGAAGCUAACAGCAGAAAAAUCCGAGAACUCUCCAGGAAAUCGUUUAGAAGCACGAUUGACUUCCAAAUGAAUUCGUCAAUCGAAAAUUUCAUUACUGAUUUCCAGUCCUUUGGGAGUGUUGACUUUAUCCGAGACGAUGGCAUACCACAAACACCAUGUUCUACGUCAUCAGGCUCUGCUUCUCUGCCAACACCAAGCCAACGUUGUCCAAGACCGUCCAAGUCGGCAACAAGCAGACGACGAGAUUUUUCACCAAAUUCAUCUUGUCCAUCUUUUGGCGUUGGAGGCGAUCGGGAUGACCGCCCCCGUACGGUGCAAUCCCAACGCAUUCGGUCUGCCUCGUCCGUUGAUUAUGCUGAGGCACGUGGGAAUAGCGGUUUUUAUAUAAAUGAGGGGGCACACAUUGAGGUAUCGCAACACAGUAAACAGCCAUCUUGGAUUACUGGAAUAGCCAUAUUAGAUAACGGCAAUGUGGUAGUGGUUGAUCAUGCCAACGAAACAGUUUCACUUUAUGAUACCACUUAUGUCAAAGUUUCAGAAAUUGUUGUGACACCGGCACCUUACGACACGACGACUAUCUCAAAUACCGAGUUACUUGUCACACGGCCGGAUAUCGACACUCUUCUAGCCAUAAACGUGUAUGGACAAGGAGAAUUAAAAUACGGAGCCUCGUUCCAAACAGGUCUAAAAGCCAAAUCAAUCAGCCAUGACAAUAGUCAUCUAGCCGUUUGCAGCAGCACAAAACUCCAAAUUUACGUCAAACACAAUGGACGAUGGCGAAAGCACGAUGAACAUUCAUUUGAUCGCACUAAAUUCACAUAUGUUGCAAUCGACGGCGUAAAGGAGCGAAUAUUCAUUACCGACCAAAAAUAUCCGGAACCGGAACUUCUCUGUCUAACUUACGAUGGAGACAUCCGUUGGCGGUUUAUGCAUCCGGAUCUAGGAUUUCCAUCCGGAGUCGCAUUAUGUAGUGGUCAUAUUUAUGUUGCAUCAUGGGAUAGGGCAACUGUACUCCGAGUAGCAUAUAACGGUUCCUAUGAAGGGACUGGAAUACAACGAGGUAUCCAGUUUCCAUGGAAACUUUCAGUUACAGCGAGACACAACAAACUUUUACUAUCACAACAUAAAAACACGCUAGCCACGGAUGCGAGACGAAUCAUUCGAUUUUUCUCCCUAGAUGCAGAAAUGUAAAUUUUAAAGUGCUUUAAUUAUGAAACUUAAGUUUAUCCAUUUUAAUGGUGUUUUUUUUCUCUUUUUGAAUUUUAAGAGGUUAAAGACUGCCAGUCGGAAUGUGUAAAUAUUGACCAUUUUCUUUUUUUGUUUGCAUGUUGGAGCUUCACGUAGAAAAUAAGUGCAUAGCACAACAUUUUUUCACGGCUGGAUAUAAAAAAACUUUUUUAAUUUAUCAUCUUAUAUAUAAUGAUGAAAGGAUUCAAUACCACUUACUCCUUGACCUGAAAGCAUAAUUUCAAAUCAAAUCCUUAUUUUCUUUUAGCUUUUAAAUUAAAAGAUUUAUCUUUUUUGUUGGUGACGUUGACAUUCAUAUGAAAUCUGUGGUAAAUGAUCAUUUUUUUAUGGAUAUUAUUGUUUUUGUAUAGACUUUGAAGCCGUGAACAUUUGAUUAGAUUUUCAAAAAUUCUUUUAUAGCAGCCUUUUGAGUACAUUUAUUUAGAUUUUUAAAAAUACUUUUAUUGCAGUUUUCGAAGCACAUUUAUCUAGAAUUUCUAAAAUUCUUUUCGUGUAGAAUAGCCAAAUUAUAUUUUUUUUAAAGACGACAGAAUAUUUUCCUGAUAAUUUAUAUUUUUCAUGUUUACAACCGUGUUACCAUGGUUACGUCUAGUAAAAUUGUAAAGAGUCUGUGAUAUUUGAUUUCAUAAAAGAUAAUGAACAUUU